ACGAAUGUGGUGCAGCGACCUUCGCGUAAUAUACGGGCGACGGCAGGCCCGUCGGGACGCCCAACAGUGGUCAACGCCCCGCCCCUUUCGGCAAUAGCCGUCGCACGAUGGAUGAUGGCGAAUGGGGAGUCUUGCGGGAAAACGCUUCCCGUUUCUGAUACAAUCUCCAAAGCUUGGUCGCCGCAGCCCAGCACUGGCUCAUGCAGACGAAGCUCAAGGAUGUGCGUUUAUGGCAUCCUCUGACGAACACGAUGACCGAGUGUCGCAGAAUGUCGCAAUCGGGCCAAAGGUUCCGAACACGUGUGAGCACUUUUCAGGGGCGGCCAGCAUCGACGUUUCGUUUGCAGCCUGUAUGAUCCACCAGACACAAAUGGGUCAAGUGAAACACGAUCGCACUCCUUGUGAACCCGUUUUCACGUGUGACCGCCUGCCAGGAAAGAUGGGACCACGCCUGUUGUCCGCAGAGGUGCUUGAAGAGACGUGCGUGAUCCUAAGCGACGUAAGGGUGUGUAGCGUGACUCAGGCACUGACCGCGAUCGAGUCUCACGCUUGCAGUGCGAGGGCUGUCACGAUGGUGGAUGACGUGGUCUUUGGCAGCCACGAAUGGAGCUGUGCGUCGCAGCCACUCGGGACCUAUAGCGAUUCGGCAAGGAUGGAAGCCAGGUGAAAGGAGGGAGGUCUCUCACAGACCUUAGCCGUGCCACCAAGUGUAAGAGGUGUGGAGAUGCCCGACGCCGAGGUGACUUUGCUAAAGUCAAAAGCUGUGAAUCGA